AUGCGCGGCACACUCACCGACAGCCCGUUGCAACAAGGCUCCCACGAUUCUGUCAAUUUGAGUCAAUCCAAGCGACCGAAUGUGGAAACUGGUGGCGCAUUGCAUGUGACGGGAGACGGCAGUAUCACUCCACGAGGCAAUCUAAUCAGUGCGUCCAAUAACACAAAUUCUGUUGAGGUGUCCACUGCAAAUGGGUCGGACGGUUUACUACCCGGAUUGGCAAAUUAUUCAUCCUCAGACUCCGACUCCUCCUCCGACUCGGACUCGGAAUCUACGGACGUGGAGGAUGCCGCCUGUACGCUCUAUGAAGUAGCUGCUACGCGAAUUCGCAAGGCCAAAGCGCCGUCUGGAGAAGAAAGCUGA